CGGAUGCCACGCUUUCGUAUGUCUCGGCGCCACGAGCCUCCCAGACAUUCAGCUGAGCCUCAGCUACGGUAUAGCUGAUGGGCGUGUUCUAAAUGCGAUUCCAAGGUUUUCGAGAGAGGUUACUGCGCUUGAAGGCUUGAAGGCUCGUAGGUCGGACCUAGUUAAAUACCGGCCAGAACCUCGCAGUACUAUCAGCAUCUAGCCGUCUCUCCAUCAAGCUCAUCAUCUCCAUCACCUUCAUCAUCAAAAAUGCACUUCUCUACCACUCUAGCCAUCUCGGCUCUAUUGGAGUUUGCCGCAGCGGCAACAUGCCCCGCGUCAGGACCUCCAACGUACCCGAAGGCCACAGAAAGGAACAACGCCUUCAUCCCUUUCAUCAACAAGUUUCCCCUCAUCGACAGUACACCUUCCGUUACAUUUACGGUCAAGACAAAAUACAACCAGACGGCAGUGAAUAUCAAGUCUGCCGGUAUGGACACCGGUUCCACUGGUCUCAUGAUCGGUGCCGGGGUCCUCGGUUUCGACGAGAAAACAGAUUUCGACAAAUCCCAGCCGGGAAACGAAUUCCUCUCUUCAAGCAACAGACUGUGGCAAGGCUACUGGAUUGAGGCGAACAUCACUUUUCCCGCACGAAAUGAUGAGCUCACAGCCGGCGAAGAGGUUGUCGCCUCCGUGCCUAUCAUGGUCGUCACCGAGGCCAGCAUCUGCAAAGCAUGGAAGAAACAGGGCAGCUGCACGGAAGCGCAGAAGUCCAACAUCACAAUGUACCCCAACGAUAUCCACUACAUGGGAGUCGGCUUCGGUAGAUGGAGCACCGAGCAGCCCGAUGCUAUUCCUAGCAAGGUUACCUUGAUCAACAUCGUGUCUAUCGGGGGCCGGCCUGUUGAUGAUAUGCACCAGGGCUACAUCAUUGGCAAAGAUGGUGUCGAGGUCGGCCUUACGAGUGAAAACACGGAGGGGUUUUGCAAGACGAAGCUUGGCCUUACGCCCGGAUCCAAAGCCCUCCGCGACUGGUACAUGGUGGACAUGGCAAUCAGUAUCAACGACUCGCCUUACGACCACGGCUCAGCCCUUCUCGAUACCGGCAUCGCCCAGUCGUUCAUCAGGGUCAAUAAAGACGUCGCUGCCAAGGGAACCGUUGUGGUGGUUCACAUUCCCAACGAAAAGAAUCCCAUUGCGACAUACAACGUAACUGCCCAGGGUGCGGGUAAGCCUAAUCCUGCGACAAUGCAGCCGGCAGGGUAUAUUCUGGAGGAGCCCACGCCGUCGAAGCCAAUCUACAUCAACACUGGUAGGAUGUUCUAUAACGGCUUUGACGUCCUCUAUGAUUCCGACUGUGGCUGGUUUGGAUUGGCGGAGAUCUCAGAAACUAGCGUGAAGAGGGUCAAGAGGGCAACUUGCCCGUCCUAAGAUUGAGGGAAAGGCGUCUUGAUUUAGUUUAUUCAAGUUGCAACGCCUCCGAGGAAUGAAGUUAUGCAGAGAUAUUUAUGCCGCCCAAGCGGAAG